CCCCCCCGGCAUACCCUCGAAUGGGAUGAGGUUAUGGAGUAUGUGUUCCUUGCGGACUUUGACCUCCUUCGCGACACACGACAGGACAUCUCGGCCUGUGAAUGGGCGAAACCGGGCGCCCGCUCUGCCAUGGACCUGCACUUCAAGAUCUGCUGUGCAUGCAAGGAGAUCACCCGUCUCAACGUCAAAGUCCAACAGCUUGCUACAUACCUACAGGACGAGGAGAAGUACCUGCUUGAAUGUGAGGCCAAGCUCAAGCAGGAACAUCCCGCCCUUGUAUUCCAGGUAUCUGAGUACUGGAAGGUCCGCGGGCGCUGUAACGGCUUGCACUGGAAACGGCUGCAAGCCAUAUCACGCCUGCAGGGCUUC